CAAGAAACUAUGGAGUUUGACAUCCCUUCAACACUCAUACCUCUAAUUCCCUUUCUCCUCUUCCUCUACAUGUUUAUCAAAUCUCUCACAAUCUCAAAAUCAGCAAAGAGUUACUCACACAUCCCCGGCCCCACACCCCUCCCUCUCAUCGGCAACCUCCACCUCAUGCUCCGCGCCUCCUCCGCCCCCCACCGCCUCUUCCGUUCCCUCGCCGCCAAACACGGCACCCUGACGCACCUCCAGCUCGGCGAGAUCCACCUCCUCAUCGUCUCGUCCACCGAAUUCGCGAAGCAGGUGAUGAAAACUCACGACACCGUCUUCGCGAACCGCCCCGUGAUGCUGGCUCCGAAGGAGCUGACCUACGACGCCACCGGCGUCGUCUUCUCCCCCUACGGCGACUACUGGCGCCACCUGCGGAAGAUCUGCACCGUCGAGGUCCUCAGCGCUCGGCGCGUGCGAUCCUUCCGCAGCAUAAGGGUGGAGGAAGUCACGAUCAUGUGCAAAUGGAUCGCUUCGCGCCAAGGCUCGACGGUUAAUCUGACGGAGAGGCUCUACAUGUCGUCGUACGAUAUUAUUUCCGAAUGGGCAAUAGCAGAGCUGAUAAGAAACCCUAGCAAACUUAACAAAGCCCAACUAGAAGUGAGAAAGGUUUUUGACAAAGAGGGAUCAUGUGUAGACGAAGACAAGUUGGAUGAGCUGAAAUACCUCAAAUUAAUUAUCAAAGAGACUUUGAGGUUGCAUCCACCGACCCCAUUUUUAUUCCCUAGAGUGAACUCCCAAAGAUGUGAAAUUAAUGGGUACGAAAUCCCAGCAAAGACGAGAGUGAUAGUGAAUGCAUGGGCACUGGCAAGAGACCCCGAGUAUUGGAACGAUCCAGAGAAGUUUAUACCCGAGAGAUUUGAAGAAAUCUCCGUUGAUUUCAAGGGGAGCAAUCUCGAAUACAUACCCUUUGGUGCGGGACGGAGAAUGUGUCCCGGCAUGUUGUUGGGGGAGACAAAUAUGGAACUUCCUCUUGCUAUGCUUCUCUAUCAUUUUGAUUGGGAAAUUCCAAAUGGGAUGAAAGCUGAAGAAUUGGAUAUGACAGAAGACCUCGGCUUUGUUCUUAAUAGGAAACAACCUUUGCGUUUGAUUCCCAUUGCUAAGCGGCCUUUACGUGCACGUGCUUAACUGAUUCAGGAAUCUUCACUUUGAGUGAUAGUAUCAAAAAAUAAAAAUAAGCUGGAAAAUAUUUUUUUGCGAUAGUGCGUCUUAUUUUCCAAGAAUUUGUAACGCAAGCAUAAUUUAUUGUUUGAAAUAAAUGCUCCAUUUUGUGCAUGCUUCUA